UCCCCGUGACGGGGGUCAGGGAAAUGGCCGGGCGGCCUCGGUGCCUCCGAGACCGGAAGUCUCGGAUCUCUGCGGGGCGGAUACGGAAGCGAAGCCCGAAGGAGCGGGACUUCCGCUAGAGGCGCGCUGCUACCCGGAACGGUUUUCUCAGAGAUUAAACCAGAAGAAAAUGAUGUGGUGACCAUUUCUGAGCCCAGCUAUUCCAUAUGGAAUGCAGUGUAUGCAGUGUCCCAUGCCCUCCACAAAAUGCUGUUGAACAAAAUUGAAAUGCGAUCUAAAGAAGACAGAAACAUGGACUGGCUUCUUCCAUGCCAGAAUGCAUUGACCUACAAUGAUGUGCUUGUGAACUUCACUCGAGAAGAGUGGGCUUUGCUGGAUCCUUCCCAGAGGAGUCUCUACCAAGAUGUGAUGCUGGAGACCUACAGGAAUCUCACUGCUAUCGGCUACAAUUGGGAAGAUCAUAAUAUUGAAAAACAUUGUCAGAGUUCUAGAAGACAUGUAAGGUAACUUUCAUGUCAUACUUGUGAGGACCGCUAUGAAUCAAACCAAUAUGGUAACGCUUUUGCACAUAACAGUCAUCUCCUAAGACAUAAAAGGACACAUUUAGGAGAGAAACCUCAUGAAUGUAACCAAUGUGGUAAAGCCUUUGCGUGUAACAGUACUCUUAUAAUACAUAAAAAAACUCACACUGGAGAGAAACGUUAUGAAAGUAACCAAUGUGGCAAAGCCUUUGUAAGUAAUAGUCAUCUCCUAAGACAUAGAAGAACUCACAAUGGAGAAAAACCUUAUGACUGUAACCAGUGUGGUAAAGCCUUUGCAUGUAACCGUGAUUUCCUAAGACAUAAAAGAACUCACACUGGGGAAAAACCCUAUGAAUGUAACCAGUGUGGUAAAGCCUUUGCAUACAACAAUGUUCUUCUAAUACAUAAAAGAAUUCACACUGGAGAAAAACCUUAUGAAUGUUACCAAUGUGGUAAAGCCUUUGCACAGAGGUGUACUCUCCUAUUACAUAACAGAACUCACACUGGAGAGAAACCCUAUGAAUGUAGCCAGUGUGGUAAAGCCUUUGCACAGAGGUGUACUCUCCUAGUACAUAGCAGAACUCAUACUGGAGAAAAACCCUAUGAAUGUAACCAGUGUGGUAAAGCUUUUUCAUAUAACCAUAAUCUCCUACUACAUAAAAGAACUCACACUGGAGAGAAACCCUAUAAAUGUAACCAGUGUGGUAAAGCCUUUGCAUACAACCAUGUUUUCCUAAUACAUAAAAGAGCUCACACGGGAGAGAAACGUUAUGAAUGUAAGCAAUGUGGUAAAGCCUUUGCACAGAACAGUCAUCUCCUAAGACAUAAAAGAACUCACACUGGAGAAAAACCUUAUGAAUGUAACCAAUGUGGUAAAGCCUUUGCAUCUAACAGUGAUCUCCUAAUGCAUAAAAGAACUCACACGGGAGAGAAACGUUAUGAAUGUAAUCAAUGUGGUAAAGCCUUUGCAUGUAACAGUAAUCUCUUAAGACAUAAAAGAAUUCACACUGGAGAAAAACCUUAUAAAUGUAACCAAUGUGGUAAAGCCUUUGCAGAUAACAGUGAUUUCCUAAGACAUAAAGGAACUCAUACUGGAGAAAAACCUUAUGAAUGUAACCAAUGUGGUAAAGCCUUUGCACAAAGGUGUACUCUCCUCGUACAUAACAGAACACACACUGGAGAAAAACCCUAUGAAUGUAACCAGUGUGGUAAAGCCUUUGCAGAUAAUAGUAAUCUCCUAGUACAUGUAAGAACUCACACUGGAGAGAAACCUUAUGAAUGUAAUCAAUGUUGUAAAGCCUUUGCAUAUAAUAGUGCUCUCCUAAGACAUAAAAGAACUCACACUGGAGAGAAACCUUAGGAAUGUAAUGAAUGUAGUAAAGCCUUUGCACGUAACAGUCAUCUCCUACUACAUAAAAGAACACACAGUGGAGAGAAACCUUAUGAAUGCAACCAAUGUCGUAAAGCCUUUUCAUAUAACAACGUUCUCCUAAUACAGAAAAGAAUUUACACUGGAGAGAAACCUUUUGAAGGCACCCAACAUGGUAAAGCCUUUGCACUAAACAGUCUGCUGGUAGUACAUAAAAGAACACACACAGGAGAGAAAUCUUAUGAAUGUACCCAAUGUCAUAAAGUGUAUGCAUUUCUAAAAACGUGACUUACCCUGGAGAAAAAAAAAAUCUUUGUGAAUGUAAUCAGUGUGGCAUCACCUUUGUACAACACAGCCAUCUCCUAAGUAUAAAAAUGUAUGUUGCAGGAAAUCCUUAUGAAUAUAACCAAUGUCAUAAAGGCUUUUCAUGUAAGAGUCAUCUUGAACAAGAACGCCUACUGGAGUGAAACCCUGUGAAUGUAACCAACGUCUCAAAGCCUUUGCAUGCCAUAAUAAUCUCCAUGUACAUAGCAGAGUACACAUUGGAGAGAAACUUUCUGAAUGUAACCAAUGCGAUAAAGCCUUUCGACGUAAUAGUAAUCUCCUAUGACAUAAAGAACACCUACUGAAAGAAGCCUUAUGAAUGUAAUUGAUGUGGUAAAACUUACUCUUCACAAUCAUUUUCAAAUUCAUGAAAGAAUUCAUAUUGGACAGAAAGACUAUGAGUGUAUUUAAUAUGGUGAAGCUAUUCCACAUUUGUGUUGUCUUCAUCAUCAUGAAAGAAUUCCUACUGAAGAGAAACGUUAUAAAUGUGUUAAAAUGGGAGGCCUUUGCCCAUAUCUAUAUUCUUCAUCAUCAUAAAAGUUAAUACUGGAGAGAAAUUCUGAGAAUAUAAGAAAUAUGAUAAGGCCUUUGUAUUCUUCGGUCUGCUUAAUCUAAAAUAACUCAAACACUAGGUUAAUGCAAAUAACAAAAAAAAAUUAUUGUCACUAGUCACUACUGAGUGAUUAGUGCCACAUAACACUCUUGGGAACUGAACUCUUAUACACACCCAACUUUCUGAACCAGAAAGUUACAGAGAUUCUGAGCUUGAAAAUCAUAACAUAUGUGCUGUUUUACAACUAUUUUUUUCAUCAGUCAGGAUUUAGGGAUAUAGGAUUUGUUUAUGUCCUUGAGGGAUAUAAAAUGUAGGUUUUACAGUCCAAAUAAUCAUAUCUGUUUGUUCUUUUGUGGUUAGGAAAAGAUUUUAUGUUUUCCCAAAUAGAAUCUCUUCACUUUGGGACAAUCACUAUGUUAGGGGAAUAAAAGAUAUGUUAUGGAACAGUAAUAUUUUGGGAAUCAAAAAUGAAAGGUUUUCAGCUAUUGGGAAGUGUGCAGCUUUUCUAGGGACUAUGAACUUAAAUUUAGGUUUAUCCUAAAAUUUAGUGGAGGCUGGUAUCUAAAAAGCAAUACAUAGGAAUUAAUUUUUUUAUCAUGUUCCGACAUGCAAAUUAAUCUUGCAUGUUUUGCAUGUCAAAGUUUAUUAAAGAACAGAUAGCAGAGAGAAACUUUACACAUGUAAUCAGUGUGAUAAAGCCUUUUCUUAAUGCAGUUAUCUCCACAUACAUAGAAGAACACAUACUUCAGUAAGACCCUAUGGAUAAGCAAUGUGGUAAAUCAUUUUCAUGGAGUUGUCUUUGAAAUCAGAAGAAAAACUCAUGCUCCAGAGAAACCCUAUAAAUGUAGUCAGUAUGGUAAACUUUUGCACUUCAUGGUACCAUUAUGGAACAGUAAAAGCUUUGGUGUGUGAGCAAUUUCUUAAAGCCCUUGCAUAUCACAGUAGUCUUUGAGAAGCUGAAAGAACUCAUUCUCAAGAAAAUCUGUUAGGAUAAAAGAUUUGUUAAGGUCUUUUACCAACUAACUUGCAUUCAAUUACAGGACAUUAUUUUGGAUGAAAAUUGUAACAAGUGUCAACAUGUAUUCAUGCAUUAUGACAUUCCAUCCUUCUUUUGUUUCCAAAAGUCGAUAUGGAACAAAGGCCUAGAAAUUUAAACUGUAAGAUAACCUUCUUAGAUUUCUCAAUUCUCUUCAAUUACAUGAACUAAAUCAUCCAGUUAUAAAAUUUAUGUGUGUGUAUUAGUGCUAUUUCUGUAACAAAACACAAUGUCUGUCAACUUCCAAAUGUGUUGGUUUUGCCUUAUGGUUCCAGUGGGAUAUGGGAUCUCUAUGAAAUGGGGAUCACAAGUGUCAUACAUGGUGGCUAAAGUAGGAAGCUUGGAGCUCACAUCCAACCUGCAGCAUGAAGCAGAGAGUGGGAAUUACAGAUGCUAUGCAGUUGAAAACUAUCAAGCCCACCCCAAGUAAUAUACUUCCUCCAAGAAUGCUGCAUUUCCUAAACAUUGACAAAUGAUACCACCAACUGAGAAGGAUUCAUUUCUCUGGCCUCAAAGUUAAAUGUUUGAUUUCUAGUAUUACAUGAAGGAAUUCAUGAUGAAGAAAAACUCUGUAGAUAAGCCUGUAGAUGCCUCAACACCUGAGCUACAGGAAUGAAUGAUGAAACAAGUAAAACAUUCACGAGUAAACAUAUAUUAGUUUAAGAAUUUGUUUUAAUUUCCAUUAUGUGAUUUCAGUGUGUCUUUAUGUUCCUGUCCAUUCUGGUUUCCAUGAAGAACAGACCCUUUGAUCUUCUCGAAUGAGGAAUUAUAGAAAGUUUUCAAAAACCUGACCUAGGUCCUGCAAAUGAACUUGACUUAAAUGCAAAGCCAAAUCUCUAGUUCUGUAAAUAUCUUAAAUCUUUAUAUAUCAUCUUGAAGUCAAGAAGUAGAACAGAAUUCAUAGAAGAGAUCAACCAUAUUUGUAUAUAAGAUUUGAUGACUUUGGACAUAAUAAAUGUAUUCAAUUUCAAGAAAAUAAACUUUCGAAUCUGUUUUUACAAUAGCCUUGUAGGAAGUAAAUGAUUUACCAUAUUCACUUUAAUGUAAUGGAGGAGAUCUCCAACUGUGGUUGUGGUCAGUAUUUCAAAACAUGGGAGUACGUAUUGAAGUUUGCUGUAUGUGUAGCAAAUUCAUUCACAGAAGUUUAUUAGAUUGUUCUGAUAUUCUUUCUGUGAUGGCUGUUCAUCUUCUAAUACAUUUCUACUUGGUGAUAGGUAUUUUUCUGCUGCAAUGUAUAGAAUGGUAUCCCCAUCAUCUAUGUGAUCCAUUGCUUAUUUAUAUCAGGCAGUGUGUGAUCAUAGUUUUCAAGGAAGGGUCUCUGAGAAAGCGUGGUGCUUUUUAAAAAUGUUUUCACAAAUUCAGUUAAGAUUGUUUUCAGCCUUGCUUGAAUGUCAGUAACUAGUUAAUGUUAAAAUGCUCAAUAGUAUGCGUAUAUGUAUGAAUGUAUUGUUUAAAGUUCCAUGCUUCUUCAUGUUCCCACAUCAUCUUAUGUCACAUCAUCUUGAAUAACUGCCUUCUAAGAGAAUUAUCUAGAGGUGUUAGAUAAUGUAACAGCAAUGAGAUUUAUGUUAAAAAACAUUGUGUGUGUGUGUGUGUGUGUGUGUGUGUGUGUGUGUGUGUGUGUAAUGGAUCUUGGGUGAUGACAGAUAUAUGAAGAUUGUGUGAUGCUUUUUGAGGUUUAUUUUCAUCAUUGUUAUAUGAUGUUCAAGGUUAUGUUACCAGUUUUAUAUACCACAAACAUUCCCCCACUGAGCUCAUUUGAUACUCAAAUAAACUUAGUUGAAACAGUCCAUCAGUACAAUACUGUCUUCUAUUCAUGUUAUAAACAAAUUGUCGUCUGAGGAUGGAAGAAAAUGAUAUGAUUUGGAU